GUGCUAGUUGUUGACUUACUAUAACAACUUAGUUAAAUUCCUAUUCCUUUGCUUCAAAUUAAAUUACACUUCUAUAGUUUUUAGACCAAAAGUUUUUGUGGAUAUGUAAUAUAGGCUACAUCAAAAUAAUUGGGUUAAUGUAGUAAGAAAUCAUAGACACAAUUAGGAAUAACUAAAGUGAGGUUAGGUAUCUCAUCACUCAGACAUUGGGUUGGGUGGGUGCAACUCCAAUUUAACAAUUUUCCUACAGAAUACCGUUGUUGAAAUGGAAAUGUUAUCAUGCAACAUUGUUGAAAAGGACUGUAACAAUGAUGUGUUAUGGGCUUGGACAUAUCCUUCAGUAACAAAUGAACAAAAAUCGUUAAUUCUUAGAAAAUGUAGUUUUGAUCUUGGUCAUCCAUUUCUUUAUGGAAGAUACAGGAGUCACUGGUUUUAUAUAAACUGUACUGAAGUCUUUGAAUCAGACAAUUUACCUGGGGUAAAGCAGUUUGCUCUUGUUCUUUGGUCUCGUGAUUUCAAUCCUGAAAAAUAUGAAACUCUCUGCCGUAUUUUAAGCAAAAGCUACUGUAAAACAGGAAACCCUGUCAUGCUUUUGAAGCUGAUUUUGUCAGUCAUGACAAGAGGAGCAUGUACUACUGAAGAGAAUGGAACGUAUUUCACUAAAGAUUUUGAAAGGAACGCCCUACAGAACAAUGUUACUAUGUUGAAAGAACUAAUAAAGCUGUUUGAACUGCAGACAAUUAUUAUUUACACAGCAUUGUUAUUGAAGAAACGUUUGGUCAUCUAUCAUCAUAGCUUGCCCCAGUUACUCAAGUGGGUUCGUACUUUCCCUGCUCUGAUGGCUCAUAGACCCGAGGCGGAGAACCUUUACCCUUGGGUGGACUUAUGCAACGACGAGUUGGACCAAAUUACAAACAGCCAAAGCAGCAUUGUCGGGUGUGGAGAUAGCAGGAUACUAUCCAGGGUGGAUCUGUUUGAUGUGUUGGUCAACUUACCAGCUCGCGAGAUCACCAUAGCUCCACAUGCCAAAGAGUCCAUGACCAUGACCAAGGCUCACAAGGAGAUCGCUCUGUUCCUAGUCCAGCUGGCUGACAGAGAAGGAAUCACCGAGGCUCAGAUAGUCAGGGAGGUUGCUGAUAAAACACAAGACCUUCUCUCUCAUCUCAGAUCACUCGCCACAGAAAGUACAAAUGGAGAGAACAAGGCAGUUUCAAUGGAAAGUUUAAGAGUGAAAAAGUUUUCACCUGCUGUUGAAAACUUUUUACUUCAAUUGGCUCUAGCAGAGAAUUUAUUGGUAUAGUUUUAAGGUCAGUUUGAAGUGCAUUAUAUUAUACUGUAUUAUUGCUUGUGAUAGCUAUGAAUUGUAUGAUUAUACUGAAUAUAGUUUUUUUUAUAACCACAAGACUAAAAUGUUAGUUAAAUUGCAUUAUUACACCUAAACUAUACUAUGUUAAUGGGUCUUGUAUAGAAUUUCUCUGAAAAAUAAGAAUCAACUGGCACCAUGUAGGUCCUACCAUAUAGUACCUAAAGUCAAUACUGAAUGCAUUCAAGGAGCUUCCUGGUAAUAGCUAUAGAUAACUAAUAUUAGAGAGUUAGUUGGCUAUAGCUACUACAAGUAAGAUAGCGUGUGGUAGAUAAUGUAAUAGUCUAUAUCAAUUACAUUUCGGAUUGUGAAAUCCAUCCAGGAAACGUGAAAUUGAUAUAAAAUCUUACAAUAGACCCA